AUGGGUUCUAGAACGACAGGUGGCGGCGCGCACUUGGAUUUUGAGCGUGUUGGAAUCUCAAAGUUGGACACCUUGGACCCUGUUGCAAUGCUGACAUGGCCAGGAUUUGUGGCAGUGUCCUUUUGGAAGAAAAAUGCGGUGCGGUUCUUCACCAGUCAGCUGCUUCCAAGUCCCAAAACUGGUUGGCAGGUGAGCUCGCAUGGCCGGGUUUGUGAUAGCAGAGGAAUCAUUUCCAGUGGUUAUUUGCAUUCAAGUGGAUACAAAAUCGUUGAGAUUUGGCGGCAGAAGUGGAGAGUUCAUCGCUUGGUCAAGAUCACAUUUCAUGGGCUUCCCAAAUCUUCAGAAGCCUGGCAAGUACACCAUGUGGAUGGCAACCGAGCCAACAAUCGCUUGGACAAUCUGAGGUAUGUAACACCAAGCGAAAACGUGCGGCACUCAUACUCCAGCCGUUUGACGCGCAGCAAUGGGCCCGCAAGGUCGAAGGCUGUUCUGUGGAGACCUGUUGGGCCUGCAAACUGGACAUGUGCAUUUGCGCAGUUCCAGGAUGCAGGGGGGGCUACGGCUGUCUGGAGAAGAAUGGCGCCCGAUGGUCCAUCCAAGAUCAGGUGCUGA